AUGAAGUCAACAAUCUUCUCUGUUGCUUUGGUCGCUACGGCGAGUGCGCUUCCUGGUCCGGCCUUCAGGACUGUCAACAGACUGCCUAGCAUCAAAUCCAACCCACUCCGCCGCGCCAGUCAAAUCAUCCCCGUGAUCGUCGGCGGUCCCCAGGAUACUUUCAUCCCCAACACCAUCACCGCAGCAGUCGGCGACAUUGUCCAAUUCCAGUUCUCCAAUGGCAACCACACCGUCACGCAAUCAACCGCCGACACAGCAUGCACUCCCAUGGAAGGCGGCAUCCACAGCGGUCACAUCCCCUUCGAGGACGGCCAGACAGAUGUCGGAACUUUCAACAUGCCCAUCACGAGCGCGGACCCCAUGUUCCUGUACUGUGCUACUGGACCGCAUUGCCAGGAGGGUCAGGUUAUGAUGGUCAACCCUGCCAGUACGCAACAGUUGGCCGACUAUGUCAAGUUGAGCCAACAGAGCGAAUCGAGCACUGAUGGAACCGACGUCGAUCCCGCUGCUGCCCCUCCCGCCCCUCCUGCUGAGGCCCCGGCCGAGGAAGCCCCUGCAGAGGAGGCACCCGCUGAAGCACCACCUGCUGAGGCACCACCCGCUGAAGAAGCGCCCGCAACGACAUCUGCCGCCGAAGCCCCAGCAGAGACGACAGCCGCUGCCGAAGCACCCGUCGAGGCAUCUCCUGCUGAGAUGCCUAUGACUACCGCAGAAGCAGCUCCUGCCGAGAUCCCGGCUGCUGCUGCUGCUAUGGCUCAUGCUUGA